CGCGAUUUUGUUUUUUGUUUUGCAAUUUUCAUUUCAAUCAAAUUUUCUGUUUGUUUGUUUUCAACAAUAAUGGAUGUUUGUGAAUUUAUUGCCGAAGAUGAUUUGAUUGAAAUUGUACCAACAUUUCGUUAUGAUCGUCAAUUGAAUUUAAUUACAGGUGAUUUUGGUCCAUUUCGUCCAUCAGUACCGGUUAAAGUACCAAUGUGGUUGGCAAUCAAUUUACAUCGACAAAAUAAAUGUUCAAUCAUUUCACCAACAUGGAUAAAUGAUUUACCAAAACUGCAAGAUGCACAAGCACAAGAAAUGAACCGGUUAUUACCACCACCAAACGAACAUUGGCGUGAAACAUUAAAAUUAUUGGAACAAGAAUUUGGACGUAGUAUACAAUGUUCUGAAUUGAUUGAACGACGUGAAGCAAUAUUGAAAAAAUCCGUACAUGAAUUAUUUCGUGAAGCAUAUGAUAAAAAUCAAAUGUUUAUCGGUGAUGUAACAUUGGAUAAUGCAACAUCAGCCGAAUUAAUUCUAGUAAAAGAAAUGAUUGCAAAAGGUUUUAAACGUUUACAAGAAUUACGUCGUAAUGUAUUAUUAGCAUCGAAUCGUAAACAUUAUUGAUAAGAAGUGAUGAAAAACAGCAAAAUUUCCAUGAAAAAAAAAUUGUAACUGUAA